UACUCACCGCAAAGGGCUCGAACGCGCUCAGCCUGUGAACCUGCGCGGAUCGGAAGUGAAGACAGCGACGAGAAAACGCCAUUAUGCGAUUUAUUCAGCCAUUGUUUUGCUUUCGUUGGGCUUUGAGGGGGCGCCUUGAAACAGCUGCUCGUUUCGGAUUGGAUGUUCGGGAAGUGGGAGUAGCUGAAGCAUUCUUCUCCGCUGCGCGCGCUCCACAUUGAAAACAUUCCAGCGCUCGCGCCGCUGACGAGCACACAGUGCACGGUACAAGCAGUUCAUUAAGCGGAAUAUGAAUGCAAUUAUGAGCAGAAUAUAAGGGUCUCAUUCUACUGUUUACAAUAGCAUGUGCAUUACUUUUAUUUAAUACACUUGGCUUUUACAUGGUCAAAUCAUCCUAUUAUUAUUAUUAUUGUUGUUGUUGUUGAUCUUUUUUUACUUAUUGUUAUUGUUUUCUGCUUGUAGUUAUUAUUAUUGUUGUUGUUCUUCUUCUUCAUAUUAUUAUUAUUAUUGUUGUUGCUGUUGUUGUUCUUCUUCUUUUUCAUAUUAUUACUGUCAUUGUUUUCUGCUUGUAGUUAUUAUUAUUAUUAUUAUUAUUAUUAUUAUUAUUAAUGGACAAUAAUGGCUCAGUGGUUAAAGGCUGCCACUGUUGGGCCCUUGCGCAAGGCCCUUAACUCCAUCUGCUCCAGCGGCGAUGUGUCAUGGCUGACCCCAGCCCCCUACCAAACUGGGAUAUGCUGCGAAGAAAAGAACAUCACUGUACUGUAAUGCGGUGGCGGUGGAUCUGGAAUCUAUCCUGGGAACACAGGAUGAGAUGAGGGAACACACCCCGGAUGGAAUGCCAGUCCAUCACAAGCACAGACACGGGAAUGCAAAGAGAAAACUCCACACAGUAACCCAAACUCAGGAUCUAACCAGGGACCCUGGAGCUGAGAUGCAACAAUGCUAUGUCGUGGCAGCAGGAUAUGAGCUCAACUAACAAAAUCCCGCCUUGAUCCGAACAGCCUCAAUGUCCUUCAUGGCCUGCACCUAACACAACCCACAUUAAGCAAAGUACAGGCUGGAUUGGCCAAAUCUGAGGUUUGUGCAGGGCCCAGGCUCAAAUCUGCAGCCAUGUGACUUACAGGAAGGGGAAGAAGACCCCCUCCCACUCCCCAUCUCCGUGUCUCUCUCUCCAUCUCUCUCUGUCUCUCACUGAGAGGGCUCUUUUUCCAGGAAAGGGGCCCGGUGGACAGGCGCAUUCAGGGGCCUGCGCCGGGGAGAGCCUGGCUCAUUGAGAAAAACAACAACACUGAGGGGAGGUGGGAAGACUCUCCCUCCUUGCAUAAGAGGAGAGAGAGAGAGAGAGAGAGAGAGAGAGAGCUACCAACCCUUUUACCCACUGCCACCAGGCUGAAAACCCGUCUGUCUACUCUACACACAGCGCCACACCCUACAGUGAAGCUCAGUGAAUUUCAUCAGCUGAAUCUGUGAGAUUUUUAGACAGGACAUUCAAAAGCAAGACAGUGUUUGCUCGUGUUUCAUAAAAACAAUGUGAAAAUACUUGCCAUGUAUCAGUACAGCAGGCUUACGCAGGAAUGUAUUCAAGCACAGUGUCAGCGUAGACGAAUCUGGUGAUUAUUGAGGCCUACUCUGAGUGUAAGCAUGUUUUUAUAUCUUGGUGGGGACCAAAUCUCUUCACAAGGAUAGGAAUAUCUGACAGUUUCGACCUUGUGGGGACAUUUGGCUGGUCCCCAUGAGGAAAACCGCCUUUUUUUAAAAAAAAAAUUAAAAUAAGAGCCAAAAUGUUUCCUUUUGUUUACUGAGAUUAAGGUUAGGUUUAGAUUUAGGUGUAGGCAUAGCAUUAAUUAGCUGCAUUAACAGUUAUGAAGCAAUUAUAAUAAGAUGAAGGUUCUCAUGAUGAUAGCAAGAAAAACAAAUCUACUCCUGAGAAGUGUGUGUGUGUGUGUGUGUGUGUGUGUGUGUGUGUGUGUGUAUUAAAACAUUGCUGACACUUGGGUGCCACCUUGUGGCAUUAAACAGAAACAUAGUUUAAACUGAUGAUUGGAUGAGUAUAUUCACUAUAAAGACAAUAACAUGGAAGACAAAACGACCAAAUCAUGUUUCUGAAUUAUUAUUUUGUGCAUUUUCGCUUUUAUAGCUCUCUGUUUACUUGAAAUGAACUAUGAAAUGCAUCAAAAUCGACCAAAUUUCACAUCUCUCUCUCAGUUCUACUGGCAAAUAAAUAUUAUUCCCCUCCCCUAAAUGUGAUGCCCCUCCCCCUCCCCCCUCAGCAGCAGUGAUGACGUCGGGGAGGCCAAGCAGCUCAGCACACAGAUGGUGACGAUUUUCUGACGUCAUGGAACUAUGACGCCAUGCGAUCUAUGACGCAAUAAUCGACUUUGCUGCUUUUAAACAGAAACACAUGCUCCAGUGAUCACAGAUCAGUCCGUAUCGAAGCCUCACUGCACACGGUACAGAGAGCGUCAUGUCUUCUGUGAGAAAAAUGUCUAACAAUUUCACAGAUUUUGAGACGAACCGACGAAAGCAGAUUCUCUUGCCCAUGCCUCCUAAAGAUGAGAAGCCGACACAUUCAGGGCGUCUGCUGAGGAAGAGAUGGGAGGCCGUGAAAAUGCAGGAAAACGUCCAACUGCAGAUAAAGGAAUUUGAGUUGUCUCAGCAUGCACUGCUCGAGCGUAAGGAAAAGCUGAAGGAAAAAGAACAGCAGAUGCAGCACCGCAUACAAACCAACAGCUUCCUAAAGCAUAAUGAGGAGCAACGGUGUGACGCAGAGAGAAAAGCAAGAUGCAACAAGGAGCUGAUUAAGAAGAAGCAGGUGUACCUCCAAGAAUUAAAUGAGGAACUCAAUACUUUGAUCACACAGCAGCAGCAGCUGAGGAAGCAAAUCGAAACAAACUGCAUUUAUGCCAAAUAUAUGGAUGCAGUGAUGCAGGAAAGCAAGCAGUUUCAGGAGACACAUGAACUGAUCACACACUACGAAACACGGAAGCAGAUACAGGAGGAGCUGUUGGCUAGAAUAGAGAAGAAGCAGGUGGAGAUGGCGAAAUCCCAUGAUGAGUUGGCCAGGGUGAGGGAAGAGUACUUCCUCACACGAGUGAAUCACGAGACCAGGAUAAACCUGCUGAAGAGCGAACUGGAAAAGGCCAAACAACAUGUGCUUAAUUGGGAGGCAACGUGGAGCGAAGUUCAGAUGUCAGCCAAAAUGAAAACCUAUCUACAGGCUAGAAUAAAUUUGGCCACAUUUAACAUAUCCAAGAAUCUGUGGAAGAUGGGCACCGACAUCCCAAAGCCAGUUAAGCCAGAGGAGACUAUAGAAGUGCUGGAUAAGAUUCAGGAGUUCAUACGUGAUCUGAACUCGAUCUGGGAGAAAGUGAGCAAAUCUGAAUCCGAAAGAGCUAACCCUUACACUGGAGAGCAGAGCAACAGCGGUACAAAAUUAUGACACAAAACAAAAACAAAAUCCAACACAAAAUGCUAAUUACAACUGGUUUAAUUUUAUACCUCCUAAUCACCAGGGGCGCUGUUUGAAUACCUGAAUACCUUCGUAUGACCUUCGUAAACAAUCAGAGGUCAAUCUCCUGGAAAGCGAAAAACGCUGGGCUGUUGGUAGAAUUUAAAUUUAUACCCCUGCAGCUUAGACAUCAGAAUCCACCAGAAAUGUUUUUAAUAUAAAGUGCUGACAAACCUUGUCCUUUAUGGAUGGGCUCUGCAGGGCUUCUAGUGGUGGAGGAUGUGUUUUGGUGUAAAUAUGAGGCUCUCAGAUGCCGGUCAGGAGUCUGAGUGCAUGACAUUUGUCUGUUUAGUGCUUGUAAGAGGCUGACAGAAAUUAUGUGGGCGCCUAGCUGAUAAGCCUGGUUGUGCUGCAGGUGUCAAUGGCAGGUAUGAUUCCCAGGCCAAGGCUAAAGUUCAGUUGUCGGUUCACCAUCAGCUGGGAAAUGUCUCCCAGAUGCAGCUAUAAACAUAGCACGCUUCAAGAGAGACUUUAAUCAUCUACUCGGCUCAGAAUCAAGAUCUAAUUUCAAGAACCGGCCUUGGUGUCUCCAAGGCCUAGUGUUGGCCUUGGUGUUGCUUAGCACAGGGAAUGUCAGAACAAAAGGCUGAUGUUUUUGCUGAUAUGGUCGAUGCCGAGGCAGCCGACACAUCGCUGAUGUUCAUUCAUGGUUACCAGAGAGCUUAGACAUUCACUGCAUGAGUGUGAAUCCUGUGUGUAUUAUGGAAAUCUACUAACUCGGUGGCCCAAGCAGACAUCAGGUUUAUCAGAUGGUGAGUGAUAGAAAGAAAAACUCUGAGGGAAACUAUACUCAGCAAGGGACUGAGAGAUGAAUGCAGCACAAAGUCGCAAAAUGGUUGCAGCUAGCUUGAAAAAAAAAGAGAGAAAUCCAGGUGUUUAAACCCUCCCCCCUGGCAGUUAGGAGGCAUGAAAUUGUGCCAAGUUCAACAAAUAAACCACAAUAAAAAUGAAUAGCAGCCAGGUCUUGGGUCUUGGUCUGUGACUGGCUCAGUUUCUGGAAGGAUUAAUCUUUGUUUGGUUCCGGAUUUUUUACAUUUUAAUAACGGAAAGAUCAGUCAGGCUUUCAUAUAGAUAUCCAUGUGAACAAUGUCAAAUCAGCACCAGGUGAGGCUACAAAUACACACACACACACACGUACAUACAAAUGAAUGAAUGAAUGAAUGAAUGAAACCCAAAGCAUAUGAUAUAAAAAAAAAUGCAAGGUUUUAUACAAAAACAGCCAAUGUGGAACACAGAUUCCAUAUUUUAAUAGCUUUCUUGUUGCAUGAGCUAGUUAAUGUUUUUUCAAAAUGACAGAAAGGGAUUUCAUAUACACAUAAUACUUUUCUAGCAAAAUAAUUAAAUUACAAAUAAAAUAUUCAGUACCAAUUCUAUUUCAUAAUUAGUAAACCCAAAUGAUAAAUUUUCUAGAUACAGUUUAAAUUCACUGUGGAUUGAUCCCAAAAUAAUAUGAUUAUAUAAUAUGAUAUACACAAGUUUUCGAGUUUUGGUAGAUAUUACAUGUGUUUGAACGAGUUUUACAAAACUCUGGAAACCAUAGCCAGAAGUUAUGCACUAAGACAAAUCAUAAUAAUCAUAAUGCAACAUCAGUUGGCUUUGUAUAUGACCAUGUCUAAAACAUAUAAUGAAGAAGCCUGACUUUAUAGUGUUCUGUAAUGAGUAUGGGACUGAUGAGUGUCUUUGUGUCAGAAAUAUGAGCAUUAGUGACACAGCAGGUAGAUUUGCUGCCUCAAAGCUCCAGAAGGAAAAAACGUGCAUUAAGAGCCGGGGGGUGAAAACUUUUUGAAUUUGAAGAUCAGGGUAAAUUUAACUUAUUUUGUCUUCUGGGAAACAUGUAACUAUCUUCUGUAGCCUCUGAAGGGCAGUACUAAAUGAAAAAAUAUGAUAUUUAGGCAAAAUCAGAAAAAUGUACACAUCUCCAUUCUGUUCAAAAGUUUUCACCCCCCGGCUCUUAAUGCAUGGUUUUUCCUUCUGGAGCAUCAGUGAAUGUUUGAACCUUCUGUAAUAGUUGCAUAUGAGUCCCUCAGUUGUCCUCAGUGUGAAAAGAUGGAUCUCAAAAUCAUACAGUCAUUGUUGGAAAGGGUUCAAAUACACAAAAAAUGCUGGAAAACCAAAGAAUUUGUGGGACCUGAAGGAUUUUUCUGAAGAACAGCAGGCAGGUUAACUGUUCAGGACAAACAAGGGACUCAUGAACAACUAUCAGUAAAUAAAAAAACACAGCUGUGGAUCAUUCAUGUAACAACACAGUAUUAAGAAUCAAGGGGAUGUAAACUUUUGAACGGGGUCAUUUUUAUAAAUUCAACUAUUAUUUUCUCUUGUGGACUACAUGUAAACAUCUUUUAUGUGAAAUAUCUUAUUCAGGU